ACUCUCCACCACUGUUUUAAUUUUUCCGUUAAGUUUUCCAUUUUAUAUAUUGGUCCGUGCCCUUAAAUCGAAAUAAACGUGGCCGCUGAACGUCAUACUUUAGUUGCUUUCAUGUUUCGUUAACGAUCUCGAGUACGAUAAAAUCGGAGGAAAAAAUUACUUCGAGUUUCGCCAGUUUCGCUGUUUUGAUGUAACUUUAAAAGUUCGUAGCUCGUGUACGAUGAUUUAAAAGCGUUUCUUUUUAAGCCAUGCAUUUUAUUAUUGAAAAUUAUUAUCGUACAUUUUAAUUAUGGAUCUUUCUUCGACAAAAGUCUUCGUUGCUCUCAUAUUUGGGUUGUGGCGGUUUUUUUGGGGAAUACUUCCAGUAAAACUAGAUCGUUUUCUUAGAAAAUGGGAGGGCAGCAGUACGGAUUCAAGAACUUUUAUAAACGAGAAACGACAUCAGCAGAUUACCUGCUAUGUGGCACUAACACAGUCUUUUGGUGGAGGUGUGCUUUUCGCGACUUGUUUCCUUCACAUUAUGAAAGAACUGUUUUUAUCAGUGGAAGAGGUUAAAAGUAAUUGGGGGGUCAUGACGGACUAUCCGGUAUCUCAACUUAUUAUCGCUUUUGGAUUCUUUUUUAUUUACUUUUUGGAGGAGUUCACGCAUUGGAUGGUAAAUAAUGGAAAGAAAAAAUUGGAUCUGAAGCACAAUUCCAAAAAGGUAUCUUCAUCAACUUCAAGAACUCCUAAGUCGCAACCUGACUCUGCAAGAUCAAAUAGGAGCUUUAAACCCACCUCAAAAGCAAAAAUAUCACCAGUUAAAGCAGUGGCCACAAUAGAAGAAUGGGAAUUGAAUCAAAAAAAUCAACAACUUAUAGAAUACAACUAUGAAAGCAACAUUAAUACACCAGAAAAACAAAACAAAGAGACACCCACCGUACAAAGGAAGGGUAGAAACAGUCUACAAAGAACAAUUAGUGCAAAAAGUAGACAUUCUAUUCAAGAAGAAAUAGAUAGAGCAAACAACGCGAUCAUUGAAGAAGAAAAAUUGCGUCCAGAAGAAGAAGAAAACAUCAAAGGUCAGGAGAAUCUUAUGAGAUGCGUCUUGACUAUAGCCGCAUUAUCUCUACACUCGCUUCUCGAAGGUUUAUCUAUUGGAAUUCAAAAGUUUAAAUAUGAAAUCUGGUAUCUAUUUGUAGCGAUGAGCAUCCAUUCUGCUUCUAUAUUAUUUUGCAUGGGGGUAGAGCUUAUACUUGCGCAAACCAGAACAAAAUUCAUCGUAAUACAGAUGGCAGCUCUUGCGAUGGCGUCACCGCUGGGUAUUCUUCUCGGACUAUUAGUUACAAUAAAGACAUCUCUGAGGACCACAACAAUGUCGAUUAUAACAGUGGUUUUGGAAGGCCUUUCAGCUGGAACUAUAUUAUAUAUAACAUUUUUUGAGGUUCUUAAUAGGGAAAAAGAACGUAGAGUUUAUAGGUUGAAAAGAAGCUUAUGCAUUAUGGGAGGGUUCCUACUUAUGGCCCUACUGCAAUACUCCGAGUGCCGAUAUGAGAAACAUAGUUUCUUGGAGCCCAAUGGUGAAGUGAAUUCAAAUGUGACUGUGAUCAACGUGGACAUUGGUUAAAGAAAUACUUACGCUAUAGUACAAAGAUUUAUUUUAGAAUAGUUUAUAAAUAUCAAGAUUUUAAUUAUUUAAUGAAUAUAUAUAUAUUAUAUUUUGCGUAAUAUACUUGAAACAUUUUUCCUUUA